CCUUCCGAGGUGGAGCUCAGUACCGGAAGCUGGUGCGCGCGCGUGUGCAUGUGCGGCAUUGCGCGUGAGGGGGCGCUAGCCAUCUAUAGCCACGGCUUUAGUGGCGCUGUGAAAAGAACCGGGGGAAACCGGGAAAAGAAACGUAUUUCAAAGAGGUUCUUUCAUCCUUCUGGAUCGCCCCCUCUACUCUCCUUUAAGUUUAAUCUUUAAUUUUAGUCUGAGGUAGUCAGUAAUCGGUGUUUGUGAGUUGGAAAGUAACUGUGCAUGUUUGUAUGUCAAUGAGACAGUGCUGGUAUAUCUGUCCAACUCAAAUUUUGAAUCGGUGACGUGAGUGAGGUGCUGUCCUGCUGUUGUUGACUAUGGGGGACAUUAGUGACUUAGACAGACAAAUUGACCAGCUCCGACGGUGCGAGCUCAUCAAAGAAAAUGAGGUGAAGGCUCUGUGUGCCAAAGCCAGGGAGAUACUUGUUGAAGAAAGCAAUGUUCAAAGAGUGGACUCUCCAGUAACUGUAUGUGGUGAUAUCCAUGGGCAGUUUUAUGACCUGAAGGAGUUGUUCAGAGUUGGUGGUGAUGUCCCAGAGACAAAUUACCUCUUCAUGGGUGAUUUUGUGGACCGCGGAUUCUACAGUGUGGAGACGUUUCUUCUUCUCCUUGCUCUUAAGGUGCGAUAUCCAGACAGAAUCACACUGAUAAGAGGGAACCAUGAAUCCAGGCAGAUUACACAGGUGUAUGGCUUUUAUGAUGAAUGCCUAAGGAAAUAUGGGUCUGUGACUGUGUGGCGAUACUGUACAGAGAUCUUCGACUACUUGUCUCUCUCUGCAAUUAUUGAUGGGAAGAUAUUUUGCGUGCAUGGUGGGCUCUCCCCAUCUAUACAAACUCUGGACCAAAUAAGAACCAUUGACAGAAAGCAGGAGGUCCCACAUGAUGGGCCUAUGUGUGACUUGCUAUGGUCUGACCCAGAAGACACAACAGGGUGGGGUGUGAGUCCAAGAGGUGCUGGAUAUCUAUUUGGUAGUGACGUUGUUGCCCAGUUUAAUGCUGCAAACGACAUUGACAUGAUCUGCAGGGCCCACCAGCUUGUUAUGGAAGGGUAUAAGUGGCACUUCAAUGAAACUGUGCUGACGGUGUGGUCAGCACCAAACUACUGCUACAGGUGUGGGAAUGUAGCGGCAAUACUGGAGCUGGAUGAACAUCUGCAGAAAGAAUUCAUUAUUUUUGAAGCUGCACCACAGGAAACAAGAGGCAUCCCUUCCAAAAAGCCAGUGGCUGAUUACUUUCUGUGACCUAAGAUUAAGAAUCAGUCAACAUAGACCGCAGGAGAACACUCUAAUAUCCGUGCAUCUUUCCCACUGCACUGUUUCUUUAUAUUGUCCUCUUAUGCCGCAGUCUCUUCUCUUGUUCUACCUCCUAUAUUAGAUAUUCUUCCUCUUGUGGUUUGUCCCCAACAUUCUGCAAACCUUUCUAUAUUCACCAUCAUUCACUCGUGCUACUGUUGUAAAACCAGUCUGUCAAUGUUAUACUUGCAUAUGUCUUCUGUGCCCCUAUUCUGCAGUAUCCUAGCAUUUUCAAAGACGUGAUGGUAACUGGCAGCAAAUGAGAUUGCAGAGCUGCUCAUAUGUGAAUGCAGAAUGUCAAGGUGGAGUGGCACGACCAUUUGCAUUUGUUUCCUUUGAACAUUUUUGCUUUGGCCUGUGAGAAAAAGGCAACUGGAUGAUUUUCAGUUUGGUCAUGUUACUGAUUUGGUGCCUGAAACAAUAGUGGUACAGGUGUAUCAGUCAGCAGUUUUUGGGCUGACAGCAGUAUUUGUGGUGGAACAACUGCAGAACUGCUAUGUAGCUCUGCAUUCAGCAAGUUCAGACAAGUAGAAACAACCAAACUGAGAACUUAUUCCCAUUUCAUUGACCAAUAUUUCCAUAGGAAUCAUUGACUUUUAUUGAUCUGUGAAAAUAAAUUGUACCUUUUUUUUAAAAUAA